AUGCACCCCAGCGCCGCGGAACCACCCAGCCAGUGCCCCACCCACCUAUCACAGCUGGGGGGCACGCCUCACCUGUUCGCGAUGUUCGCGGCCCGCCACAGGUCGCCGGCAAACGACACCGCCCACCUGGCGUCGGCGCCGUUCCCGCAUGCUGCUUCGAGGGCCACGCAGCUGCCGUCUCACCCACCUGACGCGGGUGGGGGCGGCCUGCCUCACCCAUUCGCGGUCUGCCCCAGGUCACCGGCGAGCGAUGCCGCCCACCUGGCGUCGGCGCCGCCCCCGCAUGAUGCUGCGGGGUCCACUCAGCUGCCUACUCACCCACAUGGCGCGGCUACCGUCUCACCCACCAGAUGCGGGUGGGGGCUGGCCGCCUCACCCGUUCGCGGCCUGCCCCAGGACGCCGGUGAGCGACGCCGCUACCUGGCGUCGGCGCCGCCCCCGCAAGCUGCUGCGGGGGCCAUUCAGCUGUCGCCCUACCCACUUGGUGCUGGUGGGCGCGGCACGCCUCAUCCGUUCGCGUCCUGCACCAGGACGCCGGCGAGCGAUGCCGCCCACAUUACAUCGACGCCGACCCCGCAAGCUACUGCAGGGGCCGCCCAGCCGUCGCCUCACCCACUUGGUGCUGGUGGGGGUGGCUCGCCUCACCCGUUCGCGGCCUGCCCCAGGUCGCCGUCGAGCGAUGCCGCCCACCUGGCGUCGCCAGCGUGCGACGCCAUCCACCUGGCAUCGGCGCCGCCCCCGCACGUUGCUGUGGGGGCCACCCAGCUGACGUCUCACCCACUUGGCGCGGGUAGGGGCAGCCCGCCUCACAUGUUCGCGGCCUGCUCCAGGUCGCCGGUGCACCUGUCGUUUGUUGACACUGUCCCAGAACCGGCGUGCUCCCCCUACUCACCACGUGCGGUCAUCAACCACCGCCGCCUCUUCGGAUACUGCCUCUACACUGUUUCCCCCUCCCCCUCUGACGUAGGCUCCUCAAUGGACAUGGUAAAUGUGGACUCGCUGAAGCUGACGUCCAGCGGCCACCAGGGCUCGUCGACUUCGUCCUCCACAUUGUUCGCGUCCCCAUCGUCCGGUUGCCAGACAAGGUGA